AUGGCGACGGAACGAAGGAUCCCGAGCAAGAUGAAAGGAUUGAUUUACGCAGGUCCCAACACGUACCGCGUGGAGGACCGACCGGUGCCUGAUCUCAGAAACCCCACAGAUGCCAUCGUCAAGAUGCUCUACAGUACCAUCUGUGGAACGGAUCUGCAUAUCCUCAAGGGCGAUGUGCCAACCGUGGAGCAGGGCCGCAUCCUGGGCCACGAGGGAGUGGGCACGAUUGCAUCGCUUGGGCCCGCCGUUCAAGGUCUUGCCGAAGGCGAUCUGGUGUUGAUCUCGUGCAUGACCUCGUGUGGCGUGUGUCCUGCUUGCCGAAAGAACCUGCACUCUCAUUGCCAGACGGGAGGCUGGAAGCUGGGUAACACCAUCGACGGCACUCAGGCGGAAUAUGUGCGCAUUCCCCAUGCCGCCUGCUCGCUGUACAAACUCUCCAGCGAAAUCGACCCCAAAGCCUGUGUGGCGCUGUCCGAUGCUCUUCCCACGGGCUGGGAGUGUGGCACUAUCAACGCCACCGUGCAGCCCGCUGGCAGGGUCGUGAUCGUAGGGGCUGGGCCCGUCGGACUCUCGGCGCUCAUGACUGCCAAGCUGUACACUCCGUCCCUGAUCGUGGUGGUUGACCAGAGUGACACACGACUCGGACAUGCCAAGCGACUCGGCGCGGACGAAACGGUCAAUCCGCAGGAGCCAGGGGCAAUGGAAAAGUUGAAUCUCUUGACGGACGGAGAGGGAUUCGACUCGGUGAUUGAGGCCGUGGGCAUCCCAGCGACCUUUGAGCUGUCCCAGCAGCUGGUGGCUGCGGGGGGUCAUAUCGCCAAUGUUGGUGUGCAUGGCCAGCCGGUCGCAUUGAAGCUGAACCAGCUGUGGGAUCGCAAUAUCAGUAUCAAGACUCGCUUGGUAGACACUGUCACCAUCCCGUCUUUGCUCCGGCUCUAUCAGUCGGGCAAACUGGACCCAUCCGUUCUCUUCACACAUUAUUACCCCUUUUCGAAGAUUGACGAUGCGUAUCACAGUUUUCAGAAUCCCUCGGAAGGGGACACACUGAAAGUUGGAAUUGAAUUUUAG